AUGACUCCGCAAAUCGGAGCGAAGCCGAUCGAAUGUGUCUGUAGUUCGCUCGGGACUUCGAAACACGAACGGGCAGGUGACAGUUCGGGCUUAUCGUACCUUGUUUUUUUUUCGCGCCGAAAAAUGACAGCGCUCGUCCAUCGGGCGACUACGCGCCGGACGAUAUCAUAGAUGCGAUUCGGGCUAUAAAUAUCGAAAUAAAACCGCGCGGCGGGAUUUAAAUUUGGAUCGUAAAUCGGGCGGAACAGCCGGCUCGACGAGGCAUCGAACAGGGGCUAUUUUAAAACGGAUAUCGGAGGGAGACUUUUUAUGACAGAUUCGGCGCGAAGGGACGCGUCCGCAAUCGACGUUUCCUAGGACAACCUUCGCCGUAACGUCAUUCUAUAAUGGGGAUAAUACUGUCGAGAUUUCGGAAAAAGAAGACAACAAUUGAAAUUUUAGAGGAUCUUGAUUCACAAAUCAAAGAGAUUCAACAGUAUGGACAAACUACAGAACAAAGACAUAAGAAGAUAGUGGGAACUAUCAUCAUUUAUGGAGUUGUUCUUUAUGUCAUGAUAGCAUUCAUCUUUUAUUUCUGCUUCUUUCCAGCUUCAUUAUAUGAUCAACUUUUUUAUAUAACACCAUUACUACUUUUUCCAAUUUUAAUACUUUUAACGAAGAAAAUGGUUUCAUGGUACUAUAAUCGUAAAAUUACUCAUAAUCAGGAAAAACUAUCUACAAUUAUAUCCGAGAAAAAGAAGAUAUUAAAUGAAGUUACUGAAACAGAAACAUAUAAAAAAGCUAAAGAAAUAUUAUUAAAAUUUGCACCAGAUGAAUUAAACAUGACACCCUUAACUCCAAAGUUUCCUCAAAAGUUGUCAAUGCCCACUGAAACACCUCGACGUCCUACGCCACACCCUGUAAUAUCUCCUCAGUCUGGUACUGCAGAACUGAGAAGAAGAACUAUAGCAGUUCACAAUCCACAAUUUGCUGUAGCAGCCCCUGGUGUAAUGACUCCUAACAUUAGAUCAAUUAAUCAGUCUCUAAAUGCUCCUUUCCCAUCUAGUGGUAGAAUAAUUAAUCCUGCUGCCAUAGGUUUUCGAUCACCAUUACCACGACCUGUGUUGCCACAACAAAGGACUGUGAUUGAUCGUUUAGUGGAUUAUUUAGUAGGUGAUGGUCCUUCAAAUCGCUAUGCUUUAAUUUGUCGGCAAUGUGAAUCACAUAAUGGAAUGGCUUUGAAAGAAGAGUUUGAAUAUUUUGCGUUCAGAUGUUGUUACUGUGGUUUUUGGAAUCCUGCAAGAAAACAAAAACCUUUUGCGCCAAAAUUAGAUUUUGAUAAUUCUGCUAUAACUUCGAAUACAUCCGAAGAUACUUCUAACAAUGAUGACGAACCACUGAAAAUUACUGAAUUAGAAUCAUGUACACAAUCAGAUACAGAUUCGGAUAUUGAAGUAGUUGAAAGACCAGGCGAAACGUCUGAUACUCCAGAAUUAGAAUCUACAGAAUUAUUAAAUGAGAAGGAAUCUGAUAAGAUAGAGACGUGACGCAGCACUCAUAAUUUUUAGAAUUGAAUAAUAAUACCUGAGGGUAAAAAAAGAUGUUUGUAAAUCAGAGUUUCAAGUAAGUUCAAAUUUAAUACAGAAAAAGAAGAUAGAGAAUGUGAAUAAACAAAAAAAAAGAAACAUAAAUGGUUAAAGUAAAAUAAAUUGUAAAAUAAUACAUAAUAACAUAGAAGAAAAACCCAAGAUUAAUCUUCUUAUGUUAUAAUUGUAAUUGUCAAUUGAAAUAUUGCUUUAUUAUAUAUUGGAAAUUGUUGCUAUAAUAUAGAAAUAGCAUAACUAUUAUAUGAUUAUUGGUGACAUAUAUAUAUAGCUAAACAUACAAAAUUUUUCUGCAUUAUUAAUACAAAUAUAAUUUAUAUAAUAUGAAACUUAUAUAUUUGCUAGAAAAUAUUUGUGGAAAUUUGCACGAAAAUUUUAUUAUAAAGGAAAUAAAAAAUCAUACUAAAUUUUUAUUUGUU